AUGACCAAGAUCGCUCUCCUUGGUGCUGCAGGCCAGAUUGGCACACCACUGAGCCUUUUGUGCAAGGCUAGUGACUUAUUUGAUGAAAUUUCACUGUAUGAUAUUGUCCAUGCCCCAGGUAUCGCGACAGACUUGAACCACAUAGAUACCAGGGCCAAGGUCUCCGGCCACCUCGCUGAGGAUGGAGGACUACAGAAAGCACUAGCGAGGGCUGAUAUUGUAGUGGUAACGGCCGGCAUUGCCCGCAAGCCAGGGAUGACUCGAGACGAUAACGUUGCCGGCUUCCUAGAUCUUUUCAAGACCAAUGCAAGCAUCAUCCGCGACCUCUUCACGGAAGUUGCCAAGACUUGCCCACAAGCCAUUUGCUGUGUAGUGACGAACCCAGUCAACUCAACAGUCCCCGUGGCGGCCGAAACCUUACGCCAGGGAGGUACAUAUGACCCUACCCGGCUGUUCGGCGUGACAACCCUUGAUGUUGUACGGGCGUCGACCUUCAUCGCGCAUGCUCUGGGUGGAGGUGCCGACCCCAAGUCAUUCAAGGUGCCUGUCAUUGGGGGACAUAGUGGCGCGACCAUCCUGCCCCUCUACAGCCACGCAGUGCCUAAACUCUGCAUUGACUCGGCAAAAUUGGCACAGGUUAUCCACAGUGAGCUACUGUUGCCUAUUUACUUUGAUCUAAAACUAAUGACCUCUUCACUUUACGCAGGGGUACAGUUUGGUGGGGAUGAGAUUGUCGAGAGUAAGAAAGGUGCUGGCAGUGCAACGACCUGUAUGGCUUACGCCGGAUUUCGCUUUAUAAAGGCGUUGAUACAAGCGAAGAGCGGCACCCCCGUUGUGGAGGAAGCCUAUGUCUACCUUCCCGGCAUCCAGGAUGGCAAGGAGAUUGCCGCCAGGCUAGGAGUGGAUUACUUUGCCGUGAAGGUAGAGCUAGGUCCUAAUGGAGCUACCAAGGUCUUUGAUAUUGGCUCACUGUCAGACGGCGAGGAGAAGCUGUUGGGGGUGGCUCUGAAGGACCUCAAAGCAAAUAUUCAGGCUGGACAUGCUUUCAUGGGCUUGUGA